AUGGCAACAAUACAGUACCAGUAACUAUGAAACGCGACGACGCACGCUCGUUCAUCCCGUCAAAGCAAACAAAAACAACGCCCACAGCCAGCCCGCACCGCCGCCGUGCCUUGACCCCGACAUGCUCUCCUCCUAGCACCAGACAAGCCCGCCAUGGCCGCCGCGGAUGACGAUGAGACGGGCGCGCGCGCUGGACGAACAGCGGCAGCGGCGGACGUGUCGGCUGGAGCAGCAGCAGCUCCUCCUGCCGCUGCGGGAUCUCCAGUGCCGGCAUCCACAGCGCCUGCUGCAGGCGACGGAGCACUUGGCAGCAGCCCCCCGACGCGGGCGGUAACAGCAGCGGCCCCAGCGGUCUCUGCAUCGCCUCCCGCUGAGCCCACAGCGGCAGGAGCGGUAGGAGCUGGAGCUGGAGCUGGAGCCGACGGCGCUGGCACAACAACACCACCACCACGCUCUCCACCACCACCACGCGUGAGCGACGACGCCCACGUGAGCAACAUCGCGACGGCCUCGUUUCCCACCCUGCCGCAACACCCUUCUCCCGCCGGCUCGGAGCGCCACCGCGUGCACUACGACCUCGCCGUCGACACCCGACGACCUUCACGGCUGCUGUCUCCGCGCGCAGGCGACGCUACCGCCGCCGCCGCCGCGAACGCAGCCGCCCGUAAACGCCACCGCUCCGACACCGACACCGACACGAAUGCGCUGCGGCCCUUUUCGCCAUCCAGCUACGACGCCUACGGCAGCAACGGUGGUGGUCCUCCGUCGCCUUCGGCCCUCCGCCGCCGCCGCAGCACGCGCGCCGCGACGCUCACCACGCUCGACAGCCACGAUGACUUCGACGGCAUCCCCUACGGCGCCCGCCCCGGCUGGCAGCCCGGCUCCGAGCCCGGCUUCGACCCGCAGCUGCCCGACGGCGGGCACGCCUCCAUGCCCACUCUGAGCGCCCCCUGCGACAUCACCGUCGUCGACUUCUCCCUCGACCGCAUGCUCAAGCGCCACUUCGACAACGACGGCUUCGUGCGCUUCGUCGCCGAGCCCAAGGAGCCGUGGGCCAAGUGUCGCUGGAUCAACGUCAAUGGCCUCAGCUGGGACGUGAUCCAGGCCGUCGGCACCAACAAGGGCCUGCACAAGCUCGCCCUCGAGGACAUUAUGAACAUUCGCAACCGCACAAAGGCCGACUGGUAUCCCAACCACGCCUUUAUCAUCAUGACCCUGCAGAAGCUGGUCCACCUCGUCGACUCGGACGACUCGGACUCGGACUCGGACUCGGACGACUCGAGUCCUCCGAGGCGGGCGGGACCACAGGGAGGAGGAGGAGGAGGAGGAGGAGGCGGCGGCAGCAGCAGCAGUGCCAGAAGUCGCUGGAUUCCCGACUGGUUGUGCUUCUGGGGCAGCCGCAUCGAUAGGAAGAAGCUCCGCGCCGACCUGGAGAAGCAUCUCGAAAGCGCCAAGGGCGGCAGCCCCGUGCUUUCCGACGGUACCAGGCUCGAGGAGACGGCUAUGCUGCGCUCGCUGCAGCAGUACCACGCGUCAGGCAACGAGGCGCGCACCGACUUCAUGGAGAAGAACUCGUCGCUCGCGCCGUACCGCAUGGCCGUCGCCGCGGAGCAGGUGUCCAUCUUCCUCACCAACGACAACACCGUCAUCUCCUUCUUCGAGAUCUCAGCCGGCGACGUGGAGCGGCCCAUCGUCACCCGCCUCAGCAACCCGGGCACCAUCCUGCGCGAGUCGUGCGACGCCUCGAUGCUGGUGCAGGCCAUCAUCGACGCCGUCAUCGACCUCGCCCUGCCCCUGACAGCCGUCUACACGGACCUGCUGGGCGACCUCGAGCUCGACGUGCUGACGGCCCCCUCGGUCAAGCAGUGCCGCUCGCUCUACAUUUGCAUCGCCGAGAUCAACAAGAUGCUGCGCUUCCUCAGCCCCAUCGACAACCUCGUCAACGUCCUGCGCGACCACCGCACCCCGCUGACCCAGGACCAGGCCGCCCGCGUCCUCGAGAACCCGGCCUCGGGCGUCAUCGUCAGCCCCAUGACGCACACGUACCUGGGCGACGUCCUCGACCACUGCGUCAUCAUCACCGAGGCCAUGCAGCAGCUCAAGCAGUCGAGCGAGAACCUCAUCAACCUCAUCUUCAACACCAUCACCGCUAACCAGAACGAGUCGAUGAAGCAGCUCACCACCGUCACCAUCAUCUUUUUGCCCCUGACCUUUAUCACCGGCUUCUUUGGCCAAAACUUUUCCGAGGAUAAGUUUCCCGAGAUUCACAACGGCAUUUGGUACUUCUGGGCCGUCGCCGCCCCCACUGUGGUCGCGACGAUACUGAUCCUCAUGCGUGACAUGAUUUACGCAUGGUUCGUCCGCAUCAUUCAGCGCAAGCGCAUCCUCAGCAGCCGCCGAAAGUCCAAGUCGCGGCGGCGGAACAUGCGCAGGGCUAGAACGUAACCCGAAAGCGUCAUCGUGUCUGUGUACACGAGGCAUGCGACAAGGCACCAGACGCUCUCGUUGUAAUGGCAGGCAGCAUAAGCCAUCGGGGCUAUGACGCCGCGUCAAGAUUUACGAAUUUAUUCACCAUGUCCACUAGAACGGCUCGCAUGAAAGUUGCUCGUUGUCGUACAUACGUAGCCUCCAAUUGUCCCGCGGAACACCCAUUCACAUGAGUUUGUCUCAGGCGGACGAAGCCCUUGGGGCGUGGCUCCGGCUGUACUCUCACGGACUGCAAAGCACAGGUCCCGAUUUGACGUUGCUCACAGUGUAUAGUCAGUCUUUACUCAUGCAUGAAAGGAAGCCGCUCCCUGGAAUCAAAAUCGGGGCCCGUCCUCACGCCUGUGGUCGGGCAACAACCUGCCUGCCUGCUUUCCACGCCAUGUCGCGUUGGUGGUGGUGGUGGCUGGCGCAAACUGGGCACCCGCCGCGAUCAACGUGGACGCAUAAAGAC